AUGUUGACGGCCGCCGCCGUUUUCUCUACCUUGCUCACGCCAACGGUGACCAACUGCAGCGAAUUCCCUUUGUGGCAAACCGACCCGCUCGUCAAUGCGACGGGGCUACCCUGUGCCUGUGUCACCGAGCCAUGGGAGUACCUCGACGACGUAUAUAUCUCAAGCUCAGCUUGCCGUGACGCGAUCUUUUCACCCGCACUUGCCGCGAACCCAGAGUGGGUCUCUGUUGCCGAAGCAGGCGAAUGGUGGUCCAUCUCCUCGUUGGUCGCCAGCUACUAUUGCGGCACGGAGACAUCGCCUCACCUUUGGCCCGGUCAGCUUCCCGACGGCGCUGUGCCGCUCAACGAGCCGGCUUGUUUCGAGGUCGCAAAGGACCUCAUGUACGAACGGCCAAUAAGCACCUGCCAGUCGGUCGCCGCCGGGAUGAAGGUCUCGGCGGAUGUUUAUGGCUCCGAAUGGUUCAGCGAGAACCAGGCUUGGCGCCACUACUGCAGCCGCACUCGACCGGCUUGGGAGUGGUCCGCGAAGGACGUGGCCACGCUGAACUUCUUCGUCGCCCCCUACAUGCGGCUCACGUUUCCGAAGUACGUGCACCUCAACUUUUAUGCCAACCGCAUCACCGGUGCAUCUUGGGGACCGAUGGCGCCCGUGGAGUACGUGGAGCUCGGGAUCACGCUCUACGGAAUCGCCGUGGCGCACCACAAGUGGAUCACGGAUUGGAUCGACGUAUCGUUCCGCGGCCCACCCUGCUCUCAGAUAACGCCGGAGAGCAACCCGUGUCCGGAGGGUGCCCCGGCGAGAGUGGCGACCCUGAUCUCGGUCGAGCGGCUGCUCGACGUCGUGGCACCGACGUACUUUGAGGUUGAGUUCUACAUCUCCUUCAGCUGGCAAGACAGUCGCAUCUCGGAGAGCUGUACAGCGACCGAGACCGACGCCGAGCCCGAUUUUCAGGACCCCUGCACCCUGUUCUGGCGGCCGGCGAUGAACGAGGCGUGGACCCUCCCAACGGCCUUGCUCGGCGACGAGGAGCCGCAAGACAGCACAGCCGCUGGCACUUCGGAGCAGACGGAGGGGCUGCAGCGGUCGUACGGACAGACGGCGAUGCGCAUACGCGCGCGUUUCCUCACCAUCAUGGACUACCGCCGCUACCCAUACGACAAGCAAUUGCUCAACAUCACGAUUCGCGCGACGUCCAGCGCAACGGCGGACGCGGUGCGCUUCUACUCGACCGCGAACGACAUGACCAAGGGCAAACUCCACCCCGUCUGGCGGGUCGCCAGCGCAACCUCCAGCGACCGCAUGGUUCUCUCGCAGCCGGACCUCGCCGUGCAGUACCAAGCCGCCGCCUCUGACGAGAGUAUCGCAGCCAAGGAGCUGGCCGACGGCUUCGUCGACCCCGCGCUCAAGUGGCAGGUGACGCAAGCGAAGCAGCUGGGCGGCGGGCCUGCGAACCUGACGCGCGUGUACGAGACGACGGUCACCCUCGAGGUGCAGCGCGAGUGCAGCUAUUACGUGGGCAACUACUUGAUGCUCGAGUCGAUCCUAGUACUUUUGGCAUGGAUCACGUUCUUAAUUUCGCCAGAGUGCACCGAGACGCGCCUCAGCAUCGCGCUGACCCUAGUGCUGGCCAUCAACGUGUUUCAGAUCGGCUACCUGACCGACCUGAGCAUCUUCACUAUCUGCAACACCGUGUUGCUCUGCCUCAUCGCCGCUGAGUCCAUCCUUGUCGCCGAAGCGUACAGGCGCGUGAUGAAGCGCGAGGAGAUCGCGAGAGAAUGCAAGAAGCAUUCCAACUCAGAGAAGGCGCAAGCCGCGGCGCGCACGAUCCAGCGCGCCGCGCGCGCGAUGCUACGCAAGACACUCGGCAAGCUGUGGCGGAUGAGCGUGGCGGCGCCUGCUCAGCGUCGGGCAAGCACUCGGGCAAGCACUGGCGCGUCGUCGUCGGUGGAGAAGCUGAAGGUCGUGCUUCACGCGCCGGAGGAGCAGGUGGCAGAGCAGUCGCGCAAGCUCCGUCGCUCCGUCAAGCGCCAGCGGCGGCGGGGCGGGUAUUGGUGCAGCUGCAAGCCGAUCUGCGGCGCGCGCAAGCGGCUCAACAUUUGGUUCUCGUACACCUUUGACAGGAAGGCGCGCUUCCUCGCGUACGAGACCGACCGCAUCUCGGCCUUCUUCGUCUUCCCGGCGCUGUUCUUGGGGUACACCCUCGCAAUCUUCCUCGCCAAGGGCGACAACAAGCGCAACUUCUGGUGCUUCUCGGACUGA